AUGCCACCAACACUCCGUCCACGGCCGAAGAAGAUGCGUCGCGUAUCGCUUCCGAAGAAGACAUCGGCUCGGGCUAAGCCACCAGUCAUUAAGCCAUCACCUCUUCUCGCACUUCCAACCGAGUUGCUUGUGACGGUGUUUCAAGCUUGUUUCUCGUUCAAAGACGCCGCGACCCUUGCUGCGACAUCGAGACAGCUCAACGAAGUAUGGAAGCAACACCACACUGCGAUUUACAAUAGCAUUGCCCUGACAACGACGCCAUGCUAUCCCGAUUUGCGUCAGCUUCUCGACGACAUGGGAGAGAUUCCUGCAGACGCACAAUCACUCUCACGCAAAAACAUCGCUCGUAUCCUCGAAUUCUCAAGGAUCGCGGAUGGUUUCGUGGCCGAAUACACGGCGAUCCGUAAACAACAACCGUAUGACGAUCCACAAGUCCCAAUUACCCCCUCUGCGGCCGAGAAGAUGCGCUUGAUCCGCGGGUAUUAUCAGAUUCUCGGACUGCUGAAGUUGAAAGCCAAGGAUGAACACCUCGAGCGGAUCAAGUCACUGGACCUCAAAACCCUGUUCCUCCUUUCAGACUUCCUCUGUGUCUGGUCGACCCGAACCAUCAAGGAUCCAGCUCUCCGUGCCAUUAUAGAUACCGAUGCCCAUAGGCCCAGGAUAUUGCAGCGAGAAAUCCGAUCGCAGCGCAACCACGAAUUCCGGAAAUUGUAUGGGCAUGCGUACCACCCGAUAGAUGUUACACCAUACGAGCAAGGGGGCCGCUCUGCGUGGUGGUGCGACCGGCAACAAGAGAUCUUUCAGAAGAUGGUAACUGGACGAGUGUAUGAGAGGUCGGAGUCGCCACCGAAGGUCAGGAACGACAUCUGGUAUGAUAGCGCGGAGGAAGACUGA